UCAAUGAAAUCCAUCAUGGCGGACGGAUCACGCUUUCCGUCAUCAAACUUUCACCCUCAUAAUAUUCGCAUUCCGGCGCCAUUCACCAAUGAAAUUUCUUUUUCACAAGCGAAUCGUCCGGGUCUACCUCAAAGUCCAUUUUUCCCGCAAUCGCACCAGUCUACAAGCAAUUCAGUUCACGGACAUGUUUCACAGAAAUUUCCAGUGAAUCCAGGUCACAACAUGGCUUAUCACAAUGUACAGAGAUUUUCAAAGCCUCCGCUCCAGCAAAAUCACGGAAACCUGCGACAAGGAAAGCAACCAAUGGGCGUGAAUAUACCGGAGAUGCAGCGACAAUCCUUUCCAGCCGGCCAGUUCACCACCGACAAACAAAGGCAUGUACAAAAUUCGAGCCCAAACUCUCAUUAUGAACCAUUUUCUGGCCAUGGACAAAUACAGCUUCGUCCAAACAGUUCUCAGACUAAUAUGAACAAUAAUAUAGCACAUCAUCCUUCAUCGUUCUCUGCUGGAGCCCUGCAAAUUUCAAACCUGAAUUCAUUACCAGCUGCAAACAAGGUUUCAAUACCACAUGAAAAUUCUUCUUUCAGUUCCUUUACUGAAUCAUCGUCAGGGCCCUUUCCACAGCCUAUCUCUGGGUCACACGUGCCAGCGCCUAUCCAAUUUCCCCCAUCAUUACCAACUAGCAGCCCAGCAAUGCAACUAACAGCACUUCCAUCAUUGCCAAACAGCAGCCCAGCAAUACACCUACUAGCACCUCCAUCAUUGCCAAACCAAACCCCUUCGUUACACAUGGCAGCACCUGUACUUCCAGUCGGUCAACCUACUGCCAGGGUCCAAGAAUUCUCAAGCCAGGACAAGAUAAAUACAUUUUUAAAAGAGAGAGGAAUUAGUAAGCAAGACAAGCAACAAACAAUAAAGAGUAACUUGAAGUUACAUACAGCUAAAGAUCUUAUGGUAGAAUGGUUGCAGCUGAUAUCUGAGUUGUCUCUCCAAAGGGACAAAUUAGCUGAACUUGCCUCAAGUCAAAAUGAACUUGAAUGGAAGCAGGAACUAGACAAGGCUCAAGUCUUAAAGGCAAGGAUUGAGCAAAUCCAAGCUUUAUUUUCCUUUCCUGAAGAAAUAAAAAAGCUGGAGGAACAAGUUCUGAAAAGGAAAAAGAAGAGGGAAUGGCAGAAGAGGAGAAGAGAGGAAGAAUAUUCACAAAGGCAGGAAUCAGAAGAGAGAAAGAAGAAGCACCAUAAGAAAAUUGAUGCAUGGAGGUCACAAAUUAUGGCAAAGGAUGAGGCAAAGCGAAGGGCUGAAUCAAUGAAGCAUGAAGCUGGUGGAGUACUCGGAGAAGUCAAACGAAAACAAACUGAAGCAACUAAAGCUGUUGAUCUGUUAAGAGCUUUAAGAAAACUUCGAGAAGCCAGAAAACAAGAGGCUGAAGUUAAAGGGGUUUACCUCAAACCCACGGAGGAACAGAACAGAAGGUUUGACGAGAGAGUGAAGUGGGUAGAGAACGUCAUGGUGAGGAGAAGAGAACUGUACGAAGCUGAAGAAAAGACUUUACAAGUCAUGUUAGCCGAGGAGGAGGAGGAGAAGGAAAAGGAGCGACGAGAAAUGGAAAGAAAAAAGCAAGAAUCUUUAGGUUUGUCAGAUCCAAUGGACUGGUUCCACACCUACUACAAUCAAGCUGAGAGUAAUCUUCAAUCCUUGUUACAAAUAAGGCGGCAAUGGGAUGCGUUCCUGGUACUCGAGACGUUUCCAGGGGCAUCUCGUAUCCCCGACGGAUGUGUAACCCCCACUGAGCCCUCGUCUGAGUUGUGGGCUACGGCACUUAUCGACAAGGGCUAGUUGAUUUUAUAGCUCUGAAACUUUCGCAGUAAAUUAUAGAAAUUCCGUCUCUGUAAGGGCAUUGUUAUAUUCUUUUUUCGCCUGCGAAUAACUUAUCAAUAAAAUUACUCUGUUUAUUC